AUGUUUGAGGAUAUCAAGAAGAAUUUCAAAGUCGGUACUCAGGAAGAGAUUGUGGAUGUGGAUUUGGCUCCAGUUGAUUCGAACAGAUCUAUUCAAAUUGAUCAACAUGGCCAAGUAAGUGAGGAUCAAGUCCUACAGAGAGAUUUCAAAAGCAGGCAUGUCUCAAUGAUGGCAAUUGCAAGUGCAAUUGGUACCGGUUUGAUUAUUGGUUCUGGUACCGCCUACCAAAGGGGUGGGCCGGCUUCCUUAUUCUUAGGUUAUAUUUUCACGGGUUCGAUUCUAAUUGUUACAUUGUUCUGUCUUGGUGAGAUGGCAGCAAUGUGUCCAAUGGAUAAGGCAUUCUCGGGUUACUGUACAAGGUUUUGUGAUAAGUCUUUAGGGUUUGCGGCCGGUUGGAAUUACUUCUUCAACUAUGCUCUUACUCUAGCUUCAGAACUUUCUGGUGUUGGUUUAGUUAUUCAAUACUGGAGACCAGAUUUGAAUCCCGGUAUCUUCAUUGCUGUUUUUUGGGUGGUUUGUUUAGCUGCAAAUUGGUUUAACGUUAAAGUCUACGGCGAGGCAGAAUUUUGGACUGCUUGUGUUAAGCUUAUCACUCUUGCGAUCUGUUUCAUCACUUGUAUUGUCAUCUCCGCUGGUGGUGGGCCAAACCAUAAAACCGUUGGUUUCCAAUAUUGGAGGGAAGAAGCCUUUUUAGAAUAUUUACGUCCUGGCUCAACUGGUAGAUUUCUCGGUUGGUGGGCUUGUGUGGUCCAAUCUGUCUUUGCAUAUGCAGGUUGUGAAUGUAUUGGUGUCAUUUUCGGUGAAGCCCCAGAUCCAAAGAAAACAGUCCCUAAGGCAACCAGACAAGUUUUCCUAAGAAUUUGCGGUGUCUAUGUUCUUGGUGUUUUUCUUUUGGGUAUUGCAGUUUCUCCUGUGUCUCCUCUACUUGCCGCAGGUGGUCAUAAUGCAUCCGGUUCACCAUUUGUUAUUGCUAUGAAAACUGCAAGUAUUAAGGUGUUACCUUCCUUUGUUAACGCUUGUCUUUUGUUUUUUGUGGGUGGUGCAGCAAAUUCAGAUAUCUAUUUAGGCUCAAGAACUCUUUAUGGUUUAGCUAGAGAUGGCAUGGCGCCAAAAUUCUAUCUCCAAUUGAACAACAAUGGUGUCCCAUACUGGGGUUGUGUAACCACAGCUGCCUUUGGUUUAUUGGCCUUCAUGAGUUGUACCUCGGGUGCUGCUACCAUUUUCGGUUACUUAACCUCAGCUGUCUCUGUCUUCUCACUAUUGACAUGGCUAAACAUUUUACUUUCAUAUCUUACAUUUUACAAUGCAACAAUUUACCAAAAUAUUCCAAAAGAAGAUAUUCCAUUCAGAGUUUGGUGGCAACCAUACCCAGCAUACUACGGUAUCUUUUUCGUCGUGAUCAUCACUUUUUUCAACGGUUAUAAUGCCUUCAUUCCAACAUUCAGUUACAAACAGUUUUUGGUUUCUUACAUCGGUGUCUUUGUUUAUCUUGCAAUGAUCUUCGGUUACAAAUUAUUCUACAGGACUGAAAGGGUUACUAGAAAAACCGCACGGUUAUACAACUACGUUGAAAAUGUUGUGAGUAUAGACUCUGCUUUGGAGAAAGCAACGGUGUAG